AAGGGCGCUAGUGUCCGUCAAGUGUCACAGCCGUUGCUCGUCUCCUCAGUAUUGAAACUUGAAUCGGUGAUUUAAUUAGGAAUAACGUAUUUUUUUGCUAGAAUUUGUGAAACUUUAAGCAAUAAUGACCGACAAGAAAGCAUACCCGGUGACACCUCAUCCACCAACAGGUUUUGUCCCUGCGCCGGCACAGCCUGCUACCUACGGUGGUACACUUGCAGGUGCCGCACCGUACGGAGUCUUUCCUAACCAGCCCCAGCUCUACGCUGCACAGGGUCCACCACCACCGACAUAUGAUCAGACUCUUACACAUCCUAUGAUGUAUCAACCGAUGUAUGGUCAAGGAUACCCUGGAUACUUGGGCUCAUGUUAUCCUGCAUACGGGCCACUGCAAUAUUAUCCACCGUUAGCCGCAGCUGCAGCAUACUAUCCAGCAGCAGCAAUGCAGCCUCCAGUUAGGCCCCCUACGCUUGUGAUGCCUAAUGGGUUCGAUGCUACUAAUCGAUUCGAUAGUAUCUCACAACCCGUCUUGCCACCUCCACCAACAGUUCCAAACGCCGCCCAACUAGCUGCAAUGGCAAGCCACAGCGUGGCUAUAUCGCAAAAGAAAAACUUCCUAGGAGGAGGAACAGAGGGCGGUUACUUUUGAUCUUAGCGAUCGGUCGGCGCCUCGAACAUACUAUGAAAUUUAAUAAGAGAAUCAUUAAGAAGGGAAGACUCGUGCGACGCUUGUCAUGCGGACUCCAAAAAAAAAAAAAGAAAGAGAAACCAGCGGCUACUUAAAAAUUAAAUUGGGGAAAAAGGACGAGAAGUAUAUUUUGUAAAAGAUGUGUGAAAAUUUCAUAACGAGAACCCAGCAUAUUUCGAAAGAAAUACGUUAUGGUCUUAGAACGAUGACUUCACGAGAACGAUCGAGCGAUACAAUGAAUUUUUCUGACGUACUUAAAGUAGAGUCUAAGAAAAUGAUUAUUUAACAAACAAAAAAAAAAGAACAGGAAGAAGAGGGAGGCAUUGUUUUAAAUUGUACGACUGCCAACGAAAUCGCAUUUUAAGGACGGAGUAAUUCAGCGAAACUAUUCGACUUGUCACCACCCCAAAAAGACGUUUCAAAGUACGUUUUGCUCGAUCAUUCUGCAUUUAACGAUCUAUACUCGAGACGCACGAGGUGUUCCAGUUUGUUUAUUAUUAUUUUUCUUUUUUAAUUAAUUUAAAUGAAAAGGGUUAUUGAACGCAAGCGAGAGUUGGGAACACGGUGUUGUUCUUCUUUUUAGAGUUAGCGGGGUGAAUACCGUGCAUCAAUGGACGCGAGUUGUCUCAUUCGCCUACAGGGAUCGAUAUUCAAAGUGUGUUCUAAGCCUUUUUUAAGCGCGAUUUGGUUUUCUGCAACGCAGGCCGAAAAGCAAAGGGGCUGCUCACGUUAUUUCUGUUACUUUUUACACGACUACCAUUCUAGUUUCUUUCCCUCGAGAAUUCUUUGUUCCCCACUCCUGGUGACCACCAGCAGGUAGUCUUUAUUUUUCUCAAAGUAAAAGAUUCUCGUUUUACUUUGCGAAAAACGAUAACGAAAAGAAAAGAAAAAGAAGUAUGAGAGAGAACGAUCAUUAAUGGGUAGCCCUAACGUUUAGAGAACAAGAAAAUAAAAAAAGAUUAUGUACGUGAUAGGAGCCUGAGGAAUGCGUGAGAGUCGUUCGUGGUUGUGACACUGUAAUCGUAAAAAACAUGCUUUGUAACGCGAUUUAAUGUCGUGUAACUUCAGAUCCAACUUCAAAUCUAUUGCAUACAUCAUUUUUUCGUUCCAUACACGCGAAUUUGGUUUUAGAUAGUAUGCCUUACGAAAGCGCCUAUUGUUUGAUUUACUUUGCUAUUCGAAGGUGAAAAGAAAAACAGAAUAAUCAAGAAGAAAAACGACGAUGUUCGAGGCUCCGGAGUGCCAAAAGCGAAAAAAAAACUAUAUAUAUAUAUACACAUAUAUAUGUAUAUAUAUUCAUAUAUAUAUGUUCUGAAUUACCGAAGAUUCUCACGUAUUCGACGACUUCGAAGAUACUUACUACUCUACCUAAAAGAAAAAGAAAAACGAAAGAAAAAAGUACGCACUCUCUUCUUUAAACGAUCAGUAGUCUUUCCUCCUAGUUGUUUGAUGUUUCUUUUUUAAACGCAGAUUAGCUAGGUCGGCUAACAAAGUUAUUAUUUAAUUGAAAAUGAAAGGCUCGACCGCGCCGUUCGAAUUUCUUCAAGCAGGUUACAAUUGCGCUUUGAUUGAAACAGUUACCAUGUAGCGUCCCCGUACAUGAAACAUUGUCGCGUUUCUUAACUAUAUAUAUAUAUUUUUAUUUCCUUUUUUGUAUUAUAUUCGAAACUCCGUUGACAUCCGGACAAAAAAACCUUAACGAAUUUUCCCAUGGUUUCUCUGUUAAAUGUUUAGCGACUGUAUGGGAACUGGUUUCGACCGAAGCUCACGAAGGAAACAAAUAGUUGACUCAAUUUCAAAGUACAAAUCGAAUAUCCAUGUAAGUAGAGGGUGAAUUCGCGGCGACGCGGUCGAGCCUUAUCGUCAGCCAUAUUAGGCGAGUUGCAAUGAUGAUACGGUCAGCAACGCAGCGGGUUCGUAACGGCCACGGUUUAGGAUACAAUACUUAUUCUCAUAGCGCUCUCAAGCGCCAAGCCGAGCAGGAUUGUCAUACAUUAUCUAUGCAAGGAGCACUAAAUAUAUAUUGUAUUUGAAGCAUAAAAGCAUUAAAGCGUCUCUGUUUUUAACAUUUUACCCACCGAAAAUAUAAUUAUAGAAUAUAUUUAUAUAAUUUUCGCGAAUUCUAUAAAUAUAUUUAUAGAAUUUUCUAUCAGUGUCCUUUUUUUGAGUCAGAAAUUUUUUACGAAAUCUUCAGCUCUAAAUAAGUUUUUAUAUUUCUUGUUCUAUCUUUAUGAGAGUUCGUGAAGCUCCUAGCAUUUCACGACACCCAUAAAUGUACAACAAGAAACACACUGCCGUUAAAAAUUUGCUCCUGAGUUGCUAAAUAAUUGAAUUUAGAAAAGGCUCCUUGCAAAAUGUAUAGCAAAACUAUAAUACUCGCGCAGACCCCAAGACGAGAGCAUUGAAGCUAUCGGAGUAAGUAUUGCACUGUGGUGUGCAGAAUUGUUAAUAUCGGUAAUGGAACGAUUAUUUUGUGAGAUGCUAGGAAGAUCAUGUAUUGUUAAGAAUGUAGAGACAAUGAUGAUGAUGACGACGACGAUGAUGAUGAUGAUCAUGGUCUGAUUGCACUGAUACGAAACGACUGUUUUGCUCCGCAAUCAUAGCAUAUAUAGUGCGAUGUGAGCCUGCGAAUGGGGCACAUUGUCGUUGCUGCAUUCGGCAGGCUGCACAAUUUAAACUCGAUAUUAAUUAAGCAAUGAAGAUCGAAGAAACUAAUUUACAAUCGGUGAUAGCUUAGGAUAGGACCAAGAGAAGAAAACAAAAAAAGAAACGCAGUUCUAUUUAGAAAUUUUUCGAAAUGGGUGUUCCGGCAAAAGAAAAGAAGAAGAAAACUUGAUCAGUACAUCUACACAUACGUUUCGCAAUUUCAAUCUUGUACCGGAGGUGAGAGGGCAGGCAUAUUGUUGUAUCCCGCCCUCGUAACGCGAUAGAAAGCGAGUUUUUCUGCUCCACGGAUAAAGAGCGUAAAAGAAAAAAGAGAAUAAAAAUAAAAAACAAACGAAAUUUUGCAAUUGAAUUGAAUGCGAAUUAAAGUGAUUUCUAUUUUGCCUUAAAAGGGAUGGAAAACAAAGAGAAAAAGGGACUCUAUUAGUUGAAUUUCUGCGGGCGCGUUCAUCGCUACGGAAGUCAAACAAAAUUUUACAGGCCAUUUAUCGAGAGAGAAAGAGGGAGAGAGAGAGACAGCGUCGUGUCAGCAUUUUGAAUUUUGCACUAUUUGAGACGCAGGAACUUCCUAAUGAAAAUCGAUGAAUACCACACAAGGCUCUCCAGGAUUUUCCCGCUGCGAUUGUAUCAGUAUGUUCUACGAACGCAAAGAAGAAGAAAACGACAAAAUAUAAAAAUGUUGUUCUUUUUUUUUUCUUCGCGAGAAAGAAAUCUCCGUUUUGUUUUAGGGUAAUUUCUAGUUAUUCUUUUCCUUGGAAUUGUGACAGGAUAUUGAAUAAAAAUGUUAAAACGUAUUACCGGACACACUACAAUCAUAAAUGUUAUUCAGAAAGA